UGAUCGCGGACACUCGGACAUACUUUUGUACACUAGUGUCCAAGUGACCAAGAAGCAUAAAAUCAAAUUUUGCUAGUGACUUCAAAAUGCCCGUGUCAAUAACAAUAGAUAACAAACAAAAAAAAAACCAAAAAAAAGAACAGGUAUUAGUAUUAGCUCCACAAACAACCGGUUGGUUACCCAUUGCCCCGCCCCCUCUUGAACAACAACAACACCUCUGAACAACACAAAAGGCAUGUGUUCUGUUAUGUUUGGUUAGAGUUGUUUUAAUCUGUCGGGAUAAAAGUUUGAUUUUUGUUUGUAAUAUUUAUAUUCCAUUCUGAAAACAUGAGCUGCUUGAAGCUCUCAAAUUUUCCGGAGACUUUGAAGAAAACCGAAAUCGAAGAUUUUUUAAAGCAUUUCGGAGCAACUUCAGUGAAGUGUGUGGGGUCGAGAAACCCCAUUUCUUUUGCAACAUUUGACAGCGACAAAUCUACUGCAACUGCUCUGAAGAGACUGCACCAAUUAGAAGUUUUAGGAAACAAGUUAGUUGCAGUUUACAGCAAACGAAAACCCGAUGAUUGGACUGAAACAGAGCCAUUGAGAGAUCCUCAGACGUCACAAAGUGAUUCUACCAGUACAGAAAGUCAACGAUGCUACCAAAAAUUUUUGCAAAGCCUCAACGCUUGGAGUCUGUCGAUGGAAUUGAGUCAGCCACCUCCGUCUCAUUUGCUGUAUUUGUAUCCUCCGCCUUCUUUGGACGUUCUUGCCAACAUUUCACGAGCUUUAGUUGCUGUCCCAAAAUUUUACAACCAAGUUCUCCACUUAAUGAACAAAAUGAACCUGCCCUCUCCGUUUCACACCAGCUCACCAGAAUUUCGCGCUGCAAUUGCAUCUCUUUUUGGGCAACAAGUUAACCAGCCUGCGCCGUCAACGAUAGAUUCAAAUGGGCUGGCUGCUGAUCACGAGGAAGAAGCCAAGUCAUCGUCAAAUGAAUCAGAGUUGGAAAGUGACUCCGAGCCAGCAGCCAAAAUUCCAGAGUUCAUUCCGCUCAAGAGAAAACUCCCAGGAAGCAUAACCACUGCCAAGAGGCCAAAGUUGCUCAAGUCAACGACAGCAUCUGCGGUUUCCUCGAAAUCUGUGAUUCCAGUAACUGAUGUGUUUGAAGUUAGUUCAAAAGAGCCGCAAAAGAACAUUACACUUAAUCUUAGCGCUAAAGAAUCGCAUGAGAAAGAAUCGGAGAGGGAUGAUCAGUUGAACAAAAAGCAAGAGCAGGGUGGUUUUGGAGUUCUCUUUCCUGUUGUGCCCGAAGAGAGAGACGCCCAAGAGAAUGUGGAAGAGCAGGACCAAGAUGACUCGUACAUUUCCAUGUCUAAACUACGCUCUAAUCGAAUUCCGGAGAAAGAACAAGCAAAUCUUCCUGUGUAUCGAAAUUACCAGCCAGGCGCACCAUCGUGCAGACUUUAUAUUAAAAAUCUGGCAAAGACUACAACAGCAAGAGAACUGCACUUCAUAUUUAGAGCGUUCAUCGGCCACAAACCAACUGAUGAGGAGGACAACAAAAUGUUUGAUAUUUUGCACAUGACUGAGGGCCGCAUGAAGGGCCAAGCGUUUGUUACCUUUCCCUCGGUGUCCCAGGCGCAAACUGCUUUGCAAGAGGUGAAUGGCUACAUUCUGAAUGAUAAGCCAAUGGUCAUUCAAUUUGGAAGAUCAAAAGUACAAACAGUCUCAGAAAAACCAAACAAAUAAAAAUUUUAUAAAAU